UUAGGCCAUAUCAAAACAUUCGACGCUAGGUGGCAGCAGUGAACUGUGUUGUACCAAAAAGUAGAAGAAGAAGAAGGUCGCAGCCUGGUGACGCACUAGAAUGGCUGAUACAUCCAUGAGCUGAUGUGGUUGGAUACUAAACAAUGCUGGAUGUAUUUUCAUGAAUUUUCAGAUCAAAGAUGGAAGCUAACAGAAGAUAAAGCUCCAGGAGAACAACACUUUUUGCUCUCAAAUAUCUUGCCGUGAUGGCAUCAGAGGAUGAAAUCAAUCUGCUGGUCAUCGUCGUGGAUGUAAAUCCGAUUUGGUGGGGGCAGCAAGCUCAACGUGAGACAGAGCUCACACUGUCGAAGUGUCUGGAUGCAGUCAUGGUUUUGGGGAACUCCCACAUUUCCAUGGCCAGGACUAACAGGCUGGCUGUCAUCGCCAGCCACUGUCAAGACAGUCACUUCCUAUAUCCCAAAAAGAGCUGGAGAGCGGGGGACAGCGGUGGGGAUGAUGCAUGCUCCAGUGGGGAUGGAAAAUAUGAACUCCUGGCAGUCGCCAAUAACCUUAUUGCUGAAGAGAUCAGGAAUGUUAUGUCCAAAGCUGAAGUGAAGGGAAAUUCAACUGAUAGUUUUUUGGCUGGAACCCUUGCCAAAGCUCUCUGCUAUAUUCACAGAGUCUCAAAAGAUUUGGAAGCUGGACAGGAGAUAAAAUCAAGGAUAUUGGUGAUAAAAGCAGCGGAGGACUGUGCCCUCCAGUACAUGAACUUCAUGAAUGUAAUUUUUGCUGCUCAGAAGCAGAACAUCCUGAUAGAUGCCUGUGUGUUGGACUCAGAGUCGGGUCUCCUUCAGCAGGCUUGUGAUAUAACGGGAGGAUUGUACCUCAAGAUACCACAGAAAGUUGCCCUGGCACAGUACCUUUUGUGGGUGUUCCUGCCUGACUCUGAGCAGCGUUCACAGCUGGUGCUGCCACCGCCUGCACAUGUGGACUACAGAGCAGCAUGUUUCUGCCAUCGUAACCUCAUUGAGAUUGGUUACGUGUGCUCAGUUUGUCUGUCAAUAUUCUGCAACUUCAGCCCCAUCUGCACAACUUGCGAGACUGCCUUCAAAAUCCAACUACCACAGAUGGUUAAGCCCAAAAAGAAGAAACUCAAACAGCCUACAUGAUUAUUGCUAUGAUUAAACUAGUUAGUUUCAUUUUUUGAUAUUAAGAUUAUGCUAUGUUGCCUCCUAAAAACAAGUUUCAGGUUCAUGCCAACCUGACAAAUAGUUUUUCUUUGUAGAAACUAUUGUUUUCCAUUCGAUAAGAAUAUAUGCAAACAUUAAACAAACAUUUGUAGUUAACAUUUGUUCACAAGUCUUUGUGAGUUUAGUUUGACCAAUGUUCACAUUAAUAGAAACAACUGGUACACACCUUUUAGUCGUUCAUGAUGUUGGGUAAAAGUCACUGCUUUUGAAAAAGGAAAAAAAAGAAACUUUGGGCAUUUUUGUGUAUUUUUUUAUAUAAUAAAAGAAAUAGCUAUAUGUUCUUAGAAAUGUUUGUCACACGUGAAUCAAUCAUUAUGUGUUAAGGUGGAAAUAUUUUACUUAAGUACAAUAAAUUGUGUUCAGCUUUCAAACUGAUGGAGAAGCUUCAAGAAAAUCUUAUUAGUUCACUUAAUACAAAAUCUUUAAUUACAUGUGGAAUAAACAUGCGAAAAGUCAUCUUUUCCCCAAGAGUUGAAAAUAAACAUUUAAUGAUGAA